UGUGUCGGAGCGCUCGGUCAGCUGUGCCGCGCAUGGUAUCGUCUUCUCACGUGGGCAUUCGUGCAUCGUCUUGGUGUUGCCGUAACGUCGUGGCCCCGUGAGUACCCGUACAAGGUGCACGUUCAACGCCAUAUCAAAACUGUGUUUUUCCAUAGUCACCAGCCGAAUAUUAUGGAAACGAGCCCGUUUGACAGUGCCGACUGGUUUUCCCGGAUUGACUGGGCCAACCCUCUCCGUUAUAUCGAGCGACAGCCGACGACGGGGACGACAAUGCCUUUGAACGUGGAGAAAUUCCUGCAAUGCGGAAGACACGCCGAUGUCGAAUUCGUCGUGAAAUCGGAAAAAUUCGCCAUCUCGAAGACCUUCAAGGCUCACAAGCAAUUACUGGCCUUAAGUAACGAAGUUUUCGAAGCCAUGUUCUACGGUCAGCUUGCCGAAAAGGACACCGUGGUCAUCACGGACCUCCACCCUGAUGGAUUCUACGGCCUUCUGAAGUACGUGUACGCGGGAGGGGCCAGGAUCGAAAACUGUCUUGAAGCCUUGCACACAAAUGCUGCAGCUGAGAAAUAUCUCUUCGAAGAGCUGACAAGUGCGUGCCUGGCCUACCUUCGCGACCACGUCGACGCCAAAGAAGCGUGUCCCCUGCUCGACUGUGCCUUCGAGAGCGGCUACGGAUUGCUGGACAAAGUGGCGGAGGCAGUGCUCUUUACCAAAGGCGAGGACGUGCUUCGUUCCGAUACGUUUUUCAAUAGUCGUCCGGAGACGGCGCAUCUUGUUCUGGACAAGGUGACAUAUGUACGAGAGAUUUUGAUAGUUCGUGCGGCGGUCAAGUGGACGCGAUCAUAUUGCAAGUCGGGUGCCGCGGACUUCAAGACGACUGUCGCCGCCUUCCUGCCGAAGCUGAGGUUCUUGGCGCUGUCAUCGUCGGAAUUCGUGGAGUUCAUCACCUCCGAGGACUCGCAAGGUGUGAUGGAAAAAGAAGACGCGUUCACCAUUUUGUGCAACCUGAUCCACAAAGGGUGCACUGAUCUGCCAGGAUGGGUAUGCCGGGAGAAUGUGCCCCGCCGUCAGGCAAUGACACCUUUCCAGACUUUCUUGAGGAAUUGCAACAUUUCUGACCUUUCUGACGUAAAAAAAUAUGUGAUUGUUGUAACAUAAUAUAACCGACAGUUUUAAUUACUAGUAUGGUGAUUACGUUUGAGAAAGCUUUAGGCCACAGGUGAGCUGAUUUCUGCGCUCAAACGUAUGUUAAGCCCGAAGAUAUCUUUGUUGAUCGACCACUGUUCCUGUUUGAAUGAAAUCUCUUGCAUUAAAAAGAAAUAAACUGUGUAGCUGGUCACAGCAAAGAUCUAUACUUUUGAGUCAUUGGAUUGACUGAUAUAUAACUAAAAGUGGACUGUGCAGCAGAAGCAGACAUCAGGAUUUUCUGCUGCUUCUGUCGCAACAUCUUGAUUAGUAUAUGUUCCUCAGUUUAGGUUGAAUCACUACACGUGAGUUCUGCGAGAAAGUGCUCUUCAGUAAGUGCAGUUUUCUUUAUUUAAGGAAUGCUUGCAUAGGAGGUGUUGCAGAAGCGGUAGCAGCAUGCCGAAGCAACCUAUAUAGUAUAGUAUAUAGUAUAGUAUUUCGAUUCGCUCAUCGCAUAUUGAUCUGUGCCCGUUUAUAAACAUUCCCUUCUUUGUUUGUUUGUUUUUUAAAGGGAAACUUGCCAAUUUGAAGCUUAAUUUAACGGAAAUUGUUCAUUGUAUUCCCACCAUGUUUCUCAAUAUUGACACGUGUACUUAUCUUUAUCGAGCGACCACGUUUCGCCGCCUAACAAAUGUUAUCGCACAGCGCGGGAUGCGCCUGCAAGUAUCCGAAGUUUCUGGAAAGUUAUCGAUGUUUCUAUCCGCUGUCUGUUGUCGCCGAACCUUGUGUUAUCUGAUUUCAUCGCGUGACACGAACGGUGUAGAACUUUGUGGAAGGCACGCGGGUCCCAACGAUUAGUCUGGAACAUCCGACGACUGCUGUAUAAAAGCCGACGCGCUUGACCUGCUGAGCAGAUUUUCGACGAUCGCCGACCGUCUUCGCCGCUAUUGUUGUGCUAUAAGUGUAGCCUGUUCUUGUGGGCGCAGGUUCGCCCAAUAAAAGUUAGUUUUGUCUUUCACAGUACUGCUACUCUGUUCUUUGACGUCACCACCACGUGACAUCUGGUGGAGGUGCUUGUGCGUUCAUGUACCGAACGUCCCCGCAAAUCCGCGAUCCAAGCCCGAAGCCCGAGGACAAAACCAACAUCGCCCAAGACCGGCGCGCUAGCCGCCGACUGCAAGGACUGCCCCCAGAGCACGGACUUCUACCUGAGACGAGCAGGAAGAUUGCCACCAAGUCCACCACUGUUCGAAUAAUAUGUGCUGCAUUGAAACGAGAUAAAUUGUUGUCAGCGAAGGUCUAUAUUUUUGAGUCACUGAAUUAAUGUGUAAGUAAAAGCGAAGUACCAAAUGUAGAAGUUUUUAAUUGAGCAGCAGAAAGAGACAUCAAGAUUUUCCACUGCUUCUGUCACGACAACUUGAUUAUCAUACGUUCAUCAAUUUACGUUGAAUAACUACUUUGUUUAUGUGCGUUCGGCGAAAAGGUAUCUGUAGAAAGCGCAGUUUUCUUUAUUUGAAAAGUAAUGCUUGCAUAAGAGUGUGGAGAAAUGGUAGCAACGUGACUAAGCAUUCGUUCGUCGCGUGCUGACCGUGCCAGUUUAUAAAAAUGCAUUUGUUUUUGUGUUUGUUUGUUUUGUUAAAGGGAAGUCUGCAAAUUCGAUGCCUAAUUUAAAGCAAAUUUAUUCGGCAUAUUCCCACAGAAAAGUCUUCUCCCAACUGUCACUGGGUAUUUACUCUCCUGUAAUACUGCAGCAGGUUUAACACAAAUAGAGACAAUGGUUGUUUAGAAAGAUCACUCGUCCGUCUCGCAAACGUUUCAAGAGAAACAAGUUUAUUACUCUCAUGUCAGUGUUCGUAAAAAUGUCUUCAUACGCACGCUUGCCGAGACGUCACAGCGUUGCAUUUCUUGUCAAAAUCCAAUUUAAAGAUCGAGUUCGUCGAGAUGUGUGCUGUAUUUUACUUUCAUCUGUGCUUCUGUGCCGGAAUAUUUAUGGAGCGAGAGCCUUUUAUGUUGUACUGGUGUACAAUCAUGAUUGUAUUUCAGUAUUCUGUCAAGCAGGUUGGUCUGUACGUCAAUAGUUCAAGUGAAAGAUUUGUUUUUUGUUGAAAACGUAAAGUGCAUAUUGUUGUUUUUCUGUGAUGACUGUGUGGGGUUAUUGAAAGUAGGUUAUUAAGGUCACGUUUGCUAACAAUUUUUCAUGGCAAUGGUGGAUGCGUGAACUUGCAUGGUAAUAAAUAUCGAAUAUAAUAAGCAUUAACAAGAUUUUGCAACUGCAGGGGGCAUGCUGUCUUCGCAGAAUUUGGAAUAAAUGCCGUGACUGAAGCUAUUAGUUUUCAGUAGAAACUGUGCAUAUCGCACAAGCUUUGUUAUGUAGGCACUCUAAAUUUGUCACGAAAUGCAAUGUGGUUGCGAGUAAGAGUUUUCCUUGCUGAAACAAUCUCGCGUGCGGGAAUAUACUAAACAUAAAUGUCGCAGAUUGCUAGUAUUAAAACUCGUGCCAAUUACAGAGUUCCGGUAACGAAAAGUCAUGGUUUGAAUGGCGUCCGAUUUCAAUUCACCAAUUACAACAUGCCUUCCAAAGACAUUAACUAGAAAACGUAAUGAGUGCUUAAGAGUUCAUUAACGUUCUUCCGAAGACAUUAACUAGAGAACGUAAUGAGUGCUUAAGGGUUCAUUAACGUUCAUAUUGGGAGUUAUCGCGCAAAAUCUGAUGGCCGCCACUGCUCUGUCACGUAGCCACCAAAAAUAGUGUCAGAUCUCUCAUCUUUUUUAACCUCAAACAGUCCUUUCAGAAACGCAAGCCGGGGGCACGAGCGCACAAAGAAUCUUAAACUGCGCCUUUCACAGUCGUCCACCUUGUCUAGUCCCGCAUGUUGCAUUAUUACAAUGUUGAAAUCUAACUAGCUAGGUCGUGUGGGUACACUCUGAAUAUAUUGUUGUUGUUUCCAUCUAAGAAAGUUCUAGGUUUACUGUCAAGUUACUGCGGUUGUAUGUUUCACGCUCACUGUACAAAAACGUUACACGGCAUCGACAGCACUUCUGUUCCUCAGAGCCGUUUCACCAGUUUCUUUGAAAGAGAAGCAUUCUGUUUUGGUAGUAAGAAGCAACUCACUAAAAUUAGUUUCCCGACCUAUUUAAAGGUUAAUGAAUAUUGGGGUUCAUUUUUAGGGAUAUAGAGGCAGCUGGGACAUCAUAAGCACUCCUCUUACUCGACACAACCACAAGUUCUGAAUAUGAUUUAGCCGUGUGUACUAAACUGUAAUCCUGCAUUGUAAAAGACCAAUCUUUUCCCAUUGUGAGAUUCAAAGUUUGGUUGGAAUGUAUGACUAUACUGUGUGUGUCGCGUCUCUCACUAUGCUGUAAGUGCAGUUAUUGCUUUAUAUUACAACUGUAACUCAAGCGAUGUCAAGGUGUGACACCGCGAGUGUGAUUGCUUGUGUACUUGUAUUUACGCCGCUUAAGCCUUCAAUAAAUGACGUCAUGUGAGGCCUGGCGCCUCUUUUGA